AUGUGUGCAUGCAUGUGUGUGAGUGCAAGCGAAGUGUAUGUUCUUUUUGUGUGUGUGUAUGUAUAUAACAUCUGUUUUGUUAAAGGAAAGGGAAUAGGACUGAUCAUUUCUUCAUCCAGGGAACCCAAAGGCUGUGGUGUUUGUUAUGCUGAUGAAUGCAGAGAAAACUCUCCUUUGACUGUCAGUGGUGGAGUGUGCAGCAUAUCUAAAUGGCAACUUGACCCAUGCAAAAACACACUCUUUGACGACAUCAUAACCCACACACACCAUUUAGAAGAAGUGUUAAAAAUGGUAUUCUUUAAGGCAGAAUAUGUUGUUCAGAGAGUUGUCAAGAGAGAAAGCAGGUGAUAGAGCGGAAAUGAAAAUGGAAGGAAAAAGGGAUUUUGGAAUGAAAGGAAUGAAGGAAAUUCAUAACAACUACAGGUUUAGUCCAGGAAUGAAAGAGGGAGGAUUCCAUGAGCAGCUGUAUGCAACAGUCUGCAUCCCACUAAUUAUCCCAAUAGCAGGUGCCCUCUCCAACAAUGAAAGAGGAGCAUUUUCCCAAGAAACAGCAUUGACCGUCUUCAUUGGCUAAUUUCAUUCACACUCUCUCUGACUGUGUUGAGACUUAAGCAAGUCUUCCAUCAUUGGAUGUGUAGAUCUCAAAGCCACAUUCAUCAUACUAGCCCUGAAACUAUUACUACAAUACAAAAAUGAUGCAUUUACCAUCUCUUUAUUCCUCUUAAUUGAUCUAAUUUUUUAUGUCAAUCUAACAUCAAAAUGUUCAUUUCUUCCUGGACACAACCUUUCCCUUUUAUCAAUGGCCAUGGAUUUUUUUGGCAUGAUCACUGGAAUAGCUUUUCCAAUCUGUCAAUUAUUCUUCAAUAGUUUGUUCAUCCCAUUCAGUGUAGAUGGCGACAAACCAGGCAUCAUGCAGUGUUGAUCUAAUCUGGGGUUAAAAUAAGUGUUUUUGUGAUCUGUAUCUGGAUGACCAGGUAGCAGUUGCCAUGGUAAACACCCACUCUUCCUUUAUCAAGCACAAGACCAAGAUAGGCAGAGAUAUAUUCUGAAGUUCUUCCUUCUCUCUAGCCACGUCCCUCUCGCCCUCUCCCACUCUCACUCUCUUUCUCUCUUUACAUACAGUAUCCACAUACUCAAAGGACUAUGGUUUGAUUAAAAAGGGAAAUGAACAAAAGACAGAAUUGCCUAUAUUGGUUUUAUUUCUGAAACCAAGACAAACACCCCACUGUGCUGUCACUCACACAACUUGCUUCUACUCUCUUCUCAUCCCCUUAGGUAACAUCUAGCUGAAUGAAUUGUGAAACUCUGUUCUCUAAAGAGGACCCAUCUCUACUCAGCCAAACCGCCAGAGAUCUGCUUGGUGUCUCAGGCCUGUCUCUGAUGUCAUGGAGCACAGGGCCCUGAUGUGUACCAGUCAGGCCUGGAAGGGGCCCAAAGGCUCCACCUUCUCCCCCAACUGGGACAACACAUCAUACCAACCAACCAUCAUGAUGUCCCCUUGUCCUGACGUGGUCAAGUCCCCAUGCCAGCAUGCUGCCAAGAUAUGCCACCCCCCAGAAGCCUCUGUGACCUCCCAGUUCCAGCAGGUUGGCCCCCACGCCUCAACCUCAACUGGGUUGUCUGCCAUGGCUAACACUGCCAGUAGAAGAGGUGAAAGGGAGUGUUAUAUAGUCAACCCCAUUAAAAAUGAGGAGACGGCCCUGCCAGCACACAACCCUGAGUUUCGCAGACGCUCCUUCUCCGCAGCCACUGCCUCAAACUCAAUCCCUUCCAGAAACAGAUGUGACAGCUACGACCACCGAUGCCCUGACAACAGCUCAGAGGACAUUAGCAGAGGCGACGCCUCUCCGUUGAGCCCAGACGUCUCCCCUGAUCACGGUGGUCCACGGUCGCGGUCCCGCAGCAUCAUCCUGAGGAAGACGAAGAGGAGGCCGGCGCCACCAACCCGUAGCGUGUCCCUCAGGAGAGACUCCGCCUCCCAGCUCAGAGACAACAGGACCAAGAGCCUCUACAUGGACAGGGACACAGCUACCCAGGACUCCUUCCUGCCUGACCUCAUCCUCAUCUCCACACCCAGGACAGAGGAGGAGCUGGGCCUGGAGCAGUCCCCUGCUCAGCCUGUACAGGCUCUGGUUGGGCCACCAGUCAACAACAAUGGGCAGCUAGGUGAAGUAAGAUCUACUGACCGCUGUUCUUCCAUGUCAAGCUCAGGUCCUGCUAUGGGUAUUACUGGAAAUGAGGACAAAAAAGCCCCCAGCAGGUCAGAAUCAGUCAGACCCCCUCCCCCCUUGCGACACCCUCCGUCUCUAAUUUGUAAACAGUCCCCCUUCCAACCACCUGCCCCAGACUCCCCUUCCAGUGACCAGUCCAACUCUCAGUGUGAGACUUCUCCCCCUCCUAUCCUCAUGUCUUCCAUCACUGGACCCUCCCCCCUGGGCUGCAGGAUGCGGCCCAAGUCCUCCACCUCACCCACCUCCCCCAGAGCCAGGACCAGCAGGCUGCGGCUGUCCCUGGAGUUGCCAGGGGUCGUCCCUCUCCCUGACCCGACGUCGGUCAAAUCCAAAGCCACCCGGCGUCACUCCGAGUCCUCUGGCACUACCAGACCCAGACAGAGGCUGAGCUCCAGCAUGAUGGUGAUGCCUGUGGUGACCCAGGAGGAUCUCAGCAAUGUGCGUUUACGUUCCGUCAGCAGCUCAGACUCUGACAAAGGCCUGGAGGGCUCACCUGAAGUCAUCAGGGAGGAGGAGCAGGAACAGGAACAGGAGCUGGAGAGCUGCCCACUGGUCCACCACAGUCCUAAAGCUAAACCACCUGUUGCUGCUAAGCCACCUGCACAUAAAUGGCCACCGAUACAUAUGGUAAAGUCCUCCUCAGUCUCUACACAGUUCUCAGAGACCCUUCCAGCCUCACCAAGAGAGAGCCAAGGGAAUAUGUUUAUGGUGGAAAGAAGAGCGAAGCCUAAGAGGUCGCACCAGCCUCCUUGUGUUGCCAGUGAUGGGGUUAUGUUUCAGAGGCAGCAAGCUGUAGACAAGCAACAGUAUGAAGUGACUGACUCACACCCACCACCCGCCUCCUACCAUUCAGAGACCAGGGACGUGAGAAGGACCUCUCCCACCAGCACCACAUCUCGUCAAGCUGAAUUAGAUAGGAAGAAGAAGUUGGUUCCCCCUCCAGUCGCAAAGAAACCUGAUGUCCUCUUCAUGCCAUCUAUCAGCUCACUGGGACAGGAGAGCACCAGGAGCCAUGUCUGGUCUGGGCUCAGUGGUGCUUACCAGGUUCCUGCCAGUGCAUACCAGCCUCCUACCACUGGUUACCAGGUUCCUGCCAGUUCAUACCAGCCUCCUACCACUGGUUACCAGGUUCCUGCCAGUGGUUAUCAGUUUCCUGCCAGCGCUUACCAGCCUCCUGCCAGUGCUUACCAGCCUCCUGCCAGUGCUUACCAGCCUCCUGCCAGUGCUUACCAGCCUCCUGCCAGUGCUUACCAGCCUCCUGCCAGUGUUUACAGAGACAUAGACUUUACUGGACAAGAUUGCAACCAUCACAGGAUAAGAGACGAUGAGAACAGUGAAGAGAGGAAGACAAUGCCUCAGAUGAGAACACUAUGCCUCAGCGAGCAGGAGGAGGAAGUGUUUGACCACAACUCCUCACAACCAACUACUGAGGACCUAUUCACCAUCAUACACAGGUCAAAGAAGAAACUCCUGGGUGGUAAAGAAACAGCUGACAGCGCGGGGAGCAGGCAGGGUUACGGAUCCCCCAGUAAAGGCAUCCAGAGGGAUGUCCAGAAGUCAACCUCCAAAAAUGACAACUUCAUGGCUUUUCUGCAGAGGAGGAGGAGCAAUAAACCAAGCUCUGGGGAGAGACUGUCAGCCUCUGAACUACUGAAGAAUACCAAACCAUUGGCCGGCCAACUGUAGAGCAUCAAACAACUCCAACGUUUAUGUUUCUCAAUGUGUUACAAACACUUUUCACUCAAUAUGGGGCAUGCAAGUAUUGUGGACAAUCAGGGACUGAAGGAAAGGCUAUUGUUUAUAUUGCUUUACGUGCUACAGUACAACGGCAACUUGUUUCUGUGAUGGAAAUACAGCUUAUAGAGGUCAUGUCUAACUGUAAAUACGACAGUGUUGGCCAGCUGUUUUUUGCUUAUGAGCUAAGACAAUCUAUCAUGUCAAUACAUUUUUCUUGCCUUGACUUGUGAUGCCUACAACAUCUGUUUUUGAGCUGAUAACGUUUGUGCUUUUGGUCAUGUGUCACUCAGAAAUAAAACAAAGCUGCUUGUGUGUCUGUGACAGAUCAUUAGUAUGCGUCUGACCUAACCCACUGCUGCCCAAACCUUAUUCACUCUGACAAAGUAAUGGAUGAGCAUGAUUGCUGUUUUAUUGACUGGUUGUUCACCUUAUGCAAGUUCCUCCAGUGUCAUGAUUAUUGAAUUGAUAUAAAUCCAAGAUAAUGUAUGUUCAAGAACCAAUGUUUUCCCCUGAAACAAUUCCCUGUCACAAUUAAAUUACAUUCAAAAUUGG